AUGGCAUCGAUUUUCACGACGUCUCCCAACUCCAAGGCAGAGGUGCCGACGAGCGUCGACAACACGCCAAACAACACCGACGCCUUCAACGGCUUCGAGGUGGUCGCCGGCGACUACAUGCCGAACACGGACAUGAGCAGCACCGGCGACGGCAACUACCCGCGCGUCCCGUACACCUCCAAGCGCUUCUCCUCCGCCUCCUCCACCGCCGCCGCCGCGGCCGCCUUACAGCGUGUUUCGUUCCAUCAGAGCGAGGAGUGGCUGACCCCGACGCUGGACCCAACCAGCGCGGCGGCGCUCGACCGCUUCCACGUCUACGGCCACUCCCCGGUCUCCGACGCCCCGAGCUACGACAGCUACGAGCGGGCACCGAUGUACCACCGCACACCGCCGCCACCGCCACCGCCACUACCGCCGACCCACAGCAGCGGCAUGGACGGCCGCCUCAAGCCACAUCCCUACCACGCCAUCAGCAGCACCACACCGAGUAGCACCGGCAGCAACCCCUACACCUACCGCGGCCCCAACGCGGACUACGGCAGCCGCAAGCAGAACCGUCUCCAUCAGGACUUCAAGGCCCUCCCGAAGGAGGAGCGCCAGCGGCUGGUGGAGCGCGAGGCGGCCACGUCGGACUUGCUGGCCCGCACGGUGCACCUCCGCUUCCUCCCGCUGACGAUGCGGCAGAGCGAGUUGGCGGAGAUCUGCAGCGAGUGUGGGGAGUACCUCCGCGUGCGCAUCUGCGGCAACGCGACGAAUAACCAAAACUGGAUCUACGGCUUCGUCGAGUUCGCGACGACGGCGGGGGCGGAGGCGUUGAUGCGGCGCAGCGGGAUGGAGCUGAAGAACGGCCCCGGCCGCCCGCCGCUGCGUCUGAAGUGCAACUGCGCGAAGCAGCCGAUCGUCGAUCGCGUCUUCCACGACGCCGACCCCGCGACGGGCAACCCGUGCAUCUUCGGCCUCGGCAACUUCGCCAAGCGCUCCCUCGGCGACGCCCUGGAGAGCUACUACAACCUGAAGGAGAAGGAGGCGAACCAGAUGUCCGACCUGAGCGACACCCCCACGCCCAUCGGUCUCUCCCCGACCGUCGUUCCAGCGGCAGCGCGGCCGCCGAUGCGACUCAGCCCACACGCGCGUGCCUUCCAGCCCGCCGCGACGGCGAUGCUUGGGGCGGAGAUGCUGCCCGGUGUGCACAACGCAAGCUCGGUGGCGGCCACCAUCAGCACGCCGAAUGCGUCUUCCCAGUGGACGCCGUCUUCGCUGUCGCGGGCUGCGGCACUGCAGAAGUCCGACUCGGAUGCCGGCGGCAGCGGCAGCAGCAGCGACUCCGCUGGCGGUGUCGAGCCGACGACGGUGGUGCGUCACUACGGUCCUGCUCCCGCGUCCUCCUCCGGUACGACGCCGCCGUCCACCUUCACCCCUCCGCAGGGCUACGCGGCGUUGGACGGGUUGGUGAUGGCCGCUGCUGGUGCUGGUACUGGUGCGGGGAAGGCGUCGACGCUGGCACCACCUCGCUUUGCCUCUGCGCAGAGCGAUCGCGUGCUCUCGCCUGAUGCGCUGAGUGCCGGCGCACCUGUCUCGGUCCACAGCGGCGCGAGCGGCGUAGCGACAGACUUGCUGCUGCCGCCGUCGCGGCACAACGCGGCUGCUGCGCACGGUGGUGCCUCGACGCCGUCCGAGGUGGCCGGCAGCGAGCUGUCCCUUGCCUUGCAGAACAUGAUGCUGAGCCGCGCCGCUACGGAUGGCGAGGAGGUGCUGGAGCGGGGGCAGGAACUGGCGCUGCGUGCUAUUGGGCAGGCCCACGACUUCCUCAACUCGCAGCAGGGCUUCUACGACGCGAUGGGCACCCUGCGCUCGUUGAUUGAGCUGCUGGACUGCCACGCGGCGGUGACCGGCGGUGCCUCGGCGACCGGGGCAGGCGAUCACACCGCCGACCUCCCGCAGCGAGCCACGCAGCUCCGCCUACUUGCCAAUUUGAUGAUGGCGCUGCUUUACAUGAUGCGGCGCAACCUCAGCGACGCCCUGCCGUACAUCCACGCCGUGGUGAUGAGCUGCAACGAAAUCCCGGUGGUGUGCCUGUGGAAGGCGGCGUCGGCCUCCCCACAACGGCCGCAGCAGAAGAGUGGCAGCCGCAGCAGCAGCGGAGGCGAGAACUCGACCCCGUCCGCCCCACCGCUGGCGCAGCAAUGGCAGGGACUGGCGGUGGGGGACUCCUUCCACGAGACGGCCGACAACGCGGAGGGCUACGACUGCUUCAGUGCCCCGGCGGACUUCCUUGAGGCCGUGCUGGAGAGUCUCCGCGACGAGGAGGAAGGCGUGGCGGAGAAGGCGGCGGCGGUGUCGAACGAGAACGGACGGAAGAGCGCGACGGGUCCGAACAGCGUCAACGGCGACACCGUCAGCACAUCGUCGUCCGAGAUGCAGGCGUUGCUCCGCCGUGACCAGGCCUUCCAUCGCUACGUGCUGAACGUGCUGGUGGCGAUCGGCCUGUCCAUGGAGGAGGUGCAGCCGGCCAUCACACGCAGCACCUACACCCUCGCCGCGGGUCGUGCGCGGGAUGUGUUGAACGUGUCCUGCGAGGACCUGGACGAAUGCCUGCAGCCCGCGGAGGCGAACCCACGACUGAGUGAUCACCUCUACGGCCCGCCGCUGACCGCAACCAGCAAGCGCGACAUCACCUUCUUCCCUCGUCUCUUCUUUUCUUCGGCGGAGUCGGUGCGGCAGAAGGUGGUGUUCACGGCGGACAAGGAGCUGUUCUGGCACGCCCUGCCGCCGCAGCAGUGUGUGCAGUGCUACGUGGAGUAA